AUGUUUUUUAGGUCGUCUUUGAGUGAAGUCCAGAUUGUUCCAUGGCAACAUCUACCUCCUGAGCUUCUAUCACUAAUUACCAGUUCUUUGGGCAUAAUUGAUCUUCUUAGUUUCCGUGGUGUUUGUAAGGAUUGGCGCUCGGCUUCUUGCACAUCUUCUGCCGAGGUUGAGUCCGAUCCAAACUCUAUGCCUUGGUUCAUACUGUGUGGAGAGACUCAAAAUUGUACCUUGUACAAUCCAAACGACAAGAAGAUCUAUAGUAUCAAUUUCCCGGAGCUAAAGCAUUCAACUUGUCUUGCAUCAAAUCAGGGAUGGCUACUCCUCUUCCAAGAAGGCUCCAUUUUCUUCUUCUGCCCCUUCUCACGAGCCAGAAUCGAUCUCCCACAGUUUCCUCACCAAGAAAUCUCCGACCAUAUCGCAGCAUUCUCAUGUCCUCCCACUUCAUUGGAAUGCAUCGUGUCAAUCAUCAAUCGAAGUGAUGAAAGCACAUUGGAAAUAAAUGCGCUUAAGAGGGGAGAAACUGUGUGGACUACGCACACAUUCGAACGCAACAAAUGGAGCUUUGGCACGAUUAUUGGAGGCAUUUUCAAUGAUAUAAAGGGAGCCUUUUUUUAUUUGGAUAAUGCGAGGAAACUUUUGUCCUUCUCUACGGAGGAGAGUAAGGAGAAAAACUACAAUAUAUAUCAACUUUUUGCUAAUCCACCUGAUAACAAGAGCGUUGGCAAUGGAUACCUGCCAAUUUGUUGUGAUCGCAGUUAUUUCAGACGUUCGGGUUUACAAGAUUGGAUAGGACUCAAGGAUGAUAUUUCAAUUUCAAUCUGUGGGGCAAUCAUACCGACACAUAGGAUAAACAUUCUUAUUAGCAACGAAUGCAUCAAGGCAUCAAACGGGUCAGCAGAAUGCCAAAUGAAAGGAAUAUGGAUUCAACCAAGAUUCUUUCAAAUUCCUAGAACUCAGAGCUGCCAGUGGAUUCGGGAGAGAAACAGCAAGCAAAUCAUCAAAAAUGGUGCCAAAGUGGUGAUUGCUGAUACUCAAAAAGAGAUCCGCCUAGAAAUAACCAAUGAACUCCGAUCCAAUGCCACCUUUAUCGCCUGCAAUAUCACCAUAGAGUCAUACAUGUCAAAUGCAAUGGAUUACACCAUAUCUGAACAACAAUGCAGGAAUUAUGCGCAUCCCCUCUGA